CCACUCAGACCCCAGUGCCAGGUGCCUCAUUACCACCUCCUCCGGCUGCCAGUAGACCACCUCCGCCCAACCCAUACGCUCCUCCUACUCAGGCGGCACUGGGACAGGGACCGUACGCGCCCUACUCUGCGUCCUCGACUCCGGCAAGCCAAGCUCCUCUGGCACAUCCACCUACGGCCGGGCCUCCGAUGGCUGGGCCCCCAAUGGCUGGACCCCCCAUGGGUGGUCCACCUCCAGCUGCGCAACCAACCCCACCGCCUCCCCGUGCAGCCGCACCUCCACCCAAGCCUAGGCACCCGGCCGGAGACAGGUCACAUAUCCCAGCCAAUGCCCAGCGCAUGGUUGAUGUCCUGAGCCAGGACAUGCAGCGCGUUGCAUCGAAGGCGCCGCAAAACUUUGCGCCACAGGUCAAGGACACGCAGAAGCGUCUGAAUCUGCUCUUUGAUCACCUGAACAAUGAGGAGCUAGUUAAGCCUGCCACCAUUGAUCAGCUCAACCAGCUGGCUGAGGCUAUUGCGGGCAAGAAUUAUGAUCUGGCACAGCAGAUCCAGGUGGAUGUUCAGAAGAACAAGACAGAAGAGUGUGGUAACUGGAUGGUUGGUGUGAAGAGGUUGAUUAGCAUGAGCAAGGCCACGCCAUAAUGGAUGGAACACAACAGUAGCAAUCCAAGUCGGAAGGCAUACAACAGCAGAGCAUUUUUGGUGCUUACUUGUAUGAUGAGACAGAAAAUAGACAACCAAGACACAUUUGAUAUUCUUGC